CUCCGACCCGAAAAGAAGAACCCGAAAUCCAUGUGCUCGCUGGUGACUGCCUCGUGGUGGACGGCUCAACCUCAAAGACAUUUUUUAAUUUCUGCGGAUCGAAUUUCAUGGCCUUGGCACGAUACCAAAUGCCAAUAUUAUUUUAAGAAUUUUUUUAUUUCAACUUUUUCAUUUGCUCGGCGAUUGUUUCUGCUCUUUCUGGCGUUUUCUUGCUGGCCCGGAAUCAGUUUACCCAACUCUACAACUUCGCCUUUUACUCACUAAAAAUCUUUCUGUUACUCUGUCCCGCCAUUAAACCACAACUGUUCUUCCUCCCCCACAAAUUUUCUCCGUUUAAUAUUUUCCCCCAAAUUUUAACUUUCUUACUUCCAGAGAUGAACUUGAUUAUUUUGAGUUUUGCCAGGACAAGAUUUGCCUCCUGCAGUGGGAUACAACAUCUGGGUCUAUCACUGUUUGGAUCUCUGAGGAUAAAGAAGGUGUUCUUUCUCGGUCGUUUUCCUGGGUUCUGACUGAGAAAACAUUCUAUUAAUCAUCUUGCAUUUGAAACCCUAGUUUCGAAGUCGCUUCGAAUCUGGGUCUGUUUCUGUUUCUUUUUCUUGAUAAGCUCUAUAAACCUGUGGCGAUGGAUUUUAGGGAAAGGUUUGGAUUACUCUUCUGGGUUUUGUUAAUUUCGUUGCCGCCUUGCUUUUUAAGUGUGUUUCAACCGGUAGACAAUUACCUUGUUGACUGUGGAUCGUCUACAAAUGUCUCGGUGGGUAGCCGUGUUUUCAUGGCCGAUAAUUUGGGGUCAAAGUUGCUUUCUACUCCGAAAGACAUUUUGGCUAAUUCGACUUCUAUUUCCGCCUCUUCUUCUAACAAUUCCUUGCUGUUCGAAACGGCUAGAAUCUUCACUGGAUUGUCGAAAUUCAAGUUUCCAAUCAAAAGUACUGGAAGGCACUGGAUCCGUCUCUAUUUCCUUCCAUUUGUGUUCUCUGGAUUCAAUAUGAGUGCUGCAAAUUUUAGUGUUUCCACCCAAAACUAUGUUCUGUUGCGAGAUUUAGUUGUGGAGAAGGACCCUGUGGUCAAAGAAUUCUCUGUGAACGUAACAUCAGAUACCCUUGAAGUUAUUUUUGCUCCUGUUAAUGGCUCCUUUGCAUAUCUGAAUGCCAUUGAAGUCGCUUCUGUUCCUGACAUUCUCAUUCUCGACGAAGCCAAUAUUUUAGAACCAGCUGGUAAAUUUCAAGGGCUGUCUACUCUGACAUAUGAGACAGUUGCUAGGGUGAAUAUGGGUGGCCCAAAAGUUGCUGCUGAUAGUGAUCCUCUUUCGCGAAAUUGGGUUUCAGAUGGAAGCUUUCUAGUUAAUCCGAAUUCUGCCACAAGUUUCUCUAACAUUGCAGCUGUUAAAUACAGUGAUGAUGGGGCAGCACCGGAGAUUGCUCCCAAUGUUGUCUAUGGUACACUCACCCAGAUGAACUCGAAGGGUGAUCCGAACAGCAAUUUCAACGUGACUUGGCAGUUUAAAGUGGAUCCUGGCUUUCAGUACCUUGUUCGGUUUCACUUCUGUGACAUUAUGAGUAAAUCUCUUCACCAACUUUAUUUCAAUGUUUACAUUGAUUCGUGGCUGGUCAUUCACGAUCUAGAUCUUAGUGCUGCUCUUAGUAAUAGAUUGGGCACUCCAUACUAUAUGGAUUCUGUCACAGGAUUGAUCAAGAAUGACAUUCUUCAUGUGAGUAUUGGCCCAUCAAAUUUAGCUAAUGUGUAUCCAAAUGCCAUCCUAAAUGGUCUGGAGAUCCUGAAAAUGAACAACUCUGUCGGUAGUCUUAGUGGGGAAGACUCUGUACUAAGUUUUCCGGACUCUACUUCUUCAAAUAAGCAUGUUGGUGUCAUUGUGGGCGUGAGUGUUGGGGCAUUUGUAGCAGCCAUAUUGGUUGGCAUUCUGUUGAUGUUGCACAGACGAAAAAGAAAGACGACUCGUCCAGCUCCAUCGAAGACAUGGAUUUCAAUAUCCACUGCUGGAGGAAAUUCACACACUAUGGGCAGUAAAUACUCGAAUGGGACGAUCACGAGUGCUGCUUCCAACUAUGGGUACCGUAUACCUUUUGCAGCAGUUCAAGAGGCUACAAAUAACUUUGAUGAGAGCUGGGUUAUCGGUAUUGGUGGGUUUGGGAAAGUAUACAAAGGAGUUUUAAACGAUGGCACCAAAGUUGCUGUAAAGAGGGGAAAUCCACGUUCCCAACAAGGGCUGGCAGAGUUUCAAACUGAAAUCGAGAUGCUAUCGCAGUUCCGCCAUCGUCAUCUUGUUUCAUUGAUUGGGUACUGUGACGAGAGGAAUGAGAUGAUAUUGAUUUAUGAGUAUAUGGAAAAUGGUACCCUGAAGAGUCAUCUGUAUGGUUCUGAUUACCCGAGUAUGAGCUGGAAGGAGAGACUUGAGGUCUGCAUUGGAGCUGCUAGAGGACUUCAUUACCUUCACACCGGUUACGCCAAACCAGUCAUUCAUCGCGACGUGAAGUCUGCGAAUAUUUUACUUGACGAAAAUCUCAUGGCAAAGGUUGCCGACUUUGGGCUUUCAAAGACAGGGCCUGAAAUAGACCAAACCCAUGUCAGUACAGCUGUGAAAGGGAGUUUUGGGUACCUGGAUCCUGAAUAUUUCAGGAGGCAACAAUUGACUGAGAAAUCAGAUGUUUAUUCUUUUGGAGUUGUCUUGUUUGAAGUCCUUUGUGCAAGGCCUGUCAUAGAUCCAACCCUUCCUAGAGAAAUGGUGAACUUGGCUGAAUGGGCAAUGAAAUGGCAGAAGAGAGGGCAGCUGGACCAAAUCAUUGAUUCUUCUCUAGUUGGAAAAGUUAGACCAAAUUCUCUUAGGAAGUUUGGAGAAACUGCUGAAAAAUGCUUGGCUGAUUUCGGAGUUGACAGGCCAUCUAUGGGAGAUGUGUUAUGGAAUUUGGAGUACGCGCUUCAGCUACAAGAAGCUGUCAUUGAAGUUGAUCCCGAAGAUAACAGUACGAAUAUGAUUGGUGAGCUCUCUCCACAAAUUAACAAUUUCAAUGACAUCGAGGUGGGUGCUUCUGCCACACGGUUCGACAUUCCCGGUGUGGAUGAUCUUUCUGGAGUCUCCAUGAGUAGGGUGUUCUCUCAGCUGGUGAAAUCCGAGGGUAGGUGACUCAAUCCUCUGUUUGAUCCAUUCCCCAUUACCACUUUUCCAACCCCAUGAAAAAUAGUAGUGCAGACUGCAGAGUGAUGCUUCUUUGUUGAAUCGGAGAUAGCCUGGAAUUGGUCUGUCACAGCUGAAUUGGAGGCGUUCUGUAUACCUCAGGUGACGAUGUAGGCGCAUCGUUUCAAAAGAAAAUGUUCCUUGCUUCGUUGGAUAUAAAGAAGACAGUCUCUAGUUGUUUUUUUUUUUUCACAUCAAAAAGCCCUUUUUCCCCUUGCAGAGAGGGAGGAACCUUAAAAUCAAACAACAUUUCAGGAUUUCUUCAAUGACAAACUACAUGUAACAUAUUGGUGUUCUUUUCUUGUACAGAAGGGGUUGUGCAGGUGAGCCUUUGCAACAUCUAUUAAGCACGUUACUACUUUAAACUUCCGACUUUUCGACCAGGUAGUUUGCAUCUUUGUUAAAGAUUGAUCGUGAUUCGCAUCCCCUCAUCGCUCGCAUUCAUUUUAGUCGACAUUUCAUGUUUGUCUGGAAUCAUUAGACAUAUAGUCUUUUAAUUCUUUUUAGUUAGCUGAUGAUCCUGUCAAUGACCAUGGUGUGUCAUUCUUGCCUGAAUUUCUUUCUUACUGCCUCUCUCCGUGGGCAGCAGUGUCGAGACUUCGUCGUGUUUAGCUCUAAAUCUCUUCAUGGAGCAAUGUAUUUGGCUGUGGUUUCGGUUCAUUUUCCAUCUGAUUGUUGUGUUCUUUGUGAGACCCUGAAAUUCUUUUCAACUUUGCAAUGAACAGCCAUGCAUUCUUGUC